CAGGACGUCAGUUAUUGGUCAGUUUCAAUUUAAAAGCUAACGUUACAUCCCUCCGCGCAGUGCUCCAAGUCCGAUCGUACAGAAAAAAGAGUGACGGUUCGUCUUGAAUAAUGGCGGAACUCGACUGUGGCUCCUCUGAACGAUACGAGUUCGAUGCUCCCUCCCACGUCGUCGACUUGAAGGAGUUGGAGAAUAACGACAGUGAUGAUCAGUGGUUCGAACAACAGGUCGGGGGCCUUACUACACCUUUAAGACCUGACUGGUCCUUUAUAAGAAGCAAUACACCCAACCUGCCCAAAGCCAUUGUGAUUCCUCUAGUCAAGACUGAUGUAGACAGUGGGGAAUCCAUGUGGAUGAUUAAUGUUCCAGGUCCUGGCACAUCUACAUCUCCACCUCCAAACCUUGUCACAUCCUGGGGAGCUGAAACUGCGACUCAGGCUAAUGGCCGACCAAAGAGGAGGACAGCGAAUCAACCCCCUGCCCAGCCAAUCAGAAUUUCAAAACGUAAAGUGACAACAACCGGUUCAGCUCCUACACAGUCGGCUGCACCACCAUCAAAGAAAUCCAAACCGAGUCCUGUUGCCAGACCAGCUCGAAAAUCCAGUAGUGUCCUCCGCAGAAAUGGACAAAAAAAUUGCAGGACUGCACCUAAGACUGGGAAGACAGAGCUGUGCAGCUCUGAAGAACAGGAGAUGGAGCGAAUCAGGAUCCUCCAGAAGGAAGUAGCUCUGCACCGCAGACAGAACGAGGCCAGCUACAAAGCUGCGCUGGCUGGCAAUCCACCCCUGAAGAAGGUGGCCCUGUCCACGACUGUGCCUAAAGAAUUCAAUUUCACAACAGACAACCGCAUUAAGGCGACUACUUCAUCCAGUACAGCAGAUAAAGAAGUGGACUUCAUCAGUCAGCUUCGCAAACCUUCCUCCCCAGCAAAGGCCAUGAAAGGUGCCACUAUACCCAAACCCUUCAACCUGUCGACGGGCAACAAGAGAAAGGUAGAGGGGUCAGGUGCCUAUGUGCCCAUGGCGCAGCAGAUUGAGCAGUACCAAAAACGAACCCCUGACCGCUACCAUCUGCGUAGUCGCCAGAGUCAAGAGAGGGGGCCACAUCCAGUAAAGGGCGACCAACUGAAGCUCACCCAACCUCAUACCCCACACCUGAUAACCCGCCAGAGGAGCCGGCCCACUACUUUGAAGAGUAGUGCUGAGUUGGAGGCUGAAGAGGUGGACCAACUUCACAAGUUUAAAUUCAAGGCUCUGGAGCUAAACAAGAAACUUCUGGAAGGUGCAGAGCAUUUGAAGAAGCCAGCCGUGAAGGAACCCACAGUACCGGAAGGCUUCGAGCUGCAGAUUGAAAAAAGGCUCCAGGAGAGACAGAUUUCCAAGAAUCCUGAGGAAGAAGAGAGGCCACAUACCUUUAAAUCCCAGCCUCUGCCCAAGAGGAUCCUGGAAGGAGUCGUGGGAGUGCCAGAAAGGAAAGUUCUGCAUCCAACUGUUCCAGAGUCUCCAGCUUUUGCUCUGAAGAAGAGGGUUCGUGUUGAUCGCAAGGUCGAGGAAGUAAAACAGCCGUCACCAAUCAAGGCCCCCCCAGUGCCUCACUUUGGCCUCCCCUUCCAGCCGCGGCUCCCAGAGCACCACCAUGUGGAGGUCUGUCCUUUUUCCUUUGACGAGAGGGAGCGAGAGAGGAGGGCAAUGAAAGAAAAGAGGCUGGAGGAGAAGAGUAAUGAAGAGGUUCCCCAGUUCAAGGCCCAGCCGCUGCCAGACUUUGAGUCUGUGCAUCUCCCUGAAAAGAAGAAGUUGGAGGCCACAAAGCCGGAGCCCUUCAGACUUCUCCUGGAUGAACGUGGUUCUGUGAAGAACAGUCGCUGGGAGUUGAUGGUGAAAGAAGAGCAGAAGCAACAGGAGGAAGCAGCAACAUUCAAAGCCAGGCCCAACACCGUCAUUCAUAAAGAACCUUUCCAGCCCAAAAAGCCAGAGCGAGCUGCAGCAGCUGUGGAGAAAUUUGAGCUGUCGACAGAGCGACGCGCCCGGGAGCGCCAGGAGUACGAGAGACUGGUCAGCGAGAAGGAGGCUCUCAGGGAGCUCAUGGAGGAGGAGCAGAGACGAGAGGAGGAGCAGAGACAAAAAGAGGAGAUCACCAGCCUGCGGCAAGAACAGGUUCACAAGGCUCAGCCCGUCAAACACUUCAAACCUCUUCUGGUUAAGAAGAGUGACGUUCCUCUCACGGUCCCACACAGUCCAAACUUCUCUGAUCGCUUCCGCCUGUGAUCCAGUGUCUAGAUUGUAUAUUUGAAACAAUCAAAGCUUGAUGUAUUUUCUGGAGCUUUAUAUUUCAAUGAAGUAUUUACAUUUUAAUGCUGUGUUUUACACUUUACUUUUCUCUUAAUAAAGUUGAUGAAUCAAUCAUGA